AUGGAUAUCAUUCCUCUCAUUGAGAGCGACACCUCCAAGCCCUCACAGGAUUCGAGCAAUGAGCCCUGGUCAAGCGGCGAUGCCUCUAUAAGUGCAGAUUCGUUCAUGAUUGACCCUUCUCAGACGAUCUUACUGACUGGACAAAUGAAUAUAGCAUCUGUGGCCUCUUUGCCUGUUUCCAUUGGAGCGCAUGGAUCCACAUCGACUUCGGCCCCUGCAUCUAAGUGGCCUAAUGCGCCUACUGCAAAACGAGGUGGUCCACCGGAAGGAGGUAAAGCCUUGUCGUCCACGAGGACUCGAAAUCAAAGCCAUCCGUACAAGCAAAACUCAGCAACAUCCUCUCAACAGUCUUCCUCGGCCCGUUCGGGAAAGAAGAGCACUGGAACUUUCAUCCGUAGAAGGUUGGCGAAUGCGCGAAACGAUCAAGACCUCUCAAUCGUGGCAGAUUUGUUGCGCCUCGCGCCCUCUUCCUCUUCUGGCAAAGUCGGCCACGGAUCCACGGAUGCCACGGCCCACGAAAAGAAUGCAGGUACGGUCCAAGAAGACGAAACACCGUCAGCUCCGCCAACGACUACACAAUCGGGUAUCUGA